CGGACAGGGAGCGGAAGUGUUGCAUGCCGGAUGAUUUCCUCGACGGACCGCCCUUGAAAGAAAGCCGGCCUGGUUUUUGUCCGGAACGGAGAGACUGGCAGCGUUGCCGGCAGGACGAUUUCUGGCGUAGGACCGCCCUGGUUUCUAAGCCCGUGCGAGCGCGGCAGUGAAGUCCGAAAGGAGGUCGGUCGAGGGAGGCGGCGGGCGAGGGCGAGCGUUCCUCAGGCAGCCAUGGGUCGUCGCAGUAAAGUUUAUCGGCCAAUUGCAGAGAUGGCCAAGAAGAUCCGUGAAGCUCGUGCUCUGCAGAAUCAGCCUCGAGAUGCCCAGCGCUUUGCCCUGGACUACGAGACAAUGACCCGUCCCUUUACGGGCAAGCGGUUGCCUGCCCUGGCGUGGGAAGAUGUGAGGAAUGAAAAGCGACUCUUCACUCUGCUCUGUCGGCUGAAGCACUUUGGCAUUGGGCGAAUGGUCACACGAAAAUCCUGGCUAUGGAAGCACAGUGAGCCUUGUUACUGGACCGUCACCAGAGUGGAAGUGGAUUAUACCGCUGAGAAUAUGGAUCAUGGAAAAGCGUGGGGAUACUUGACAUUCAAAGGCGAAUCAGAUAACGAGGUGAGAGAAAUAGAGAGGGUCAUGUAUCAUGACUGGCGUGUAGUACCAAAGCAUGAAGAGGAGGAGUUUAAGAAAUUUACACCAGUGGAGAAAGAAACUGUCCGUUAUGUCCCCUACCCACCGUUGCUACGGGCUAUGAUUCUUGCAGAGAGGCAGAAGGAAGGUAAACCAAAUACAGAAGAGCCCAUGCUUGAUCUGGAGCAAGUAUUGUUGUUUCCAAACAAGAACUUAAAAAACCCUAAGAAGCAAGUUGAAGGGACACCAGUGUGAAGAGCUUAAGAUCCUGCUUGGUUUUUUUUACACAUGUUUCUUAUACUCCAGAAAACUACACAUGGAGUCCAGAGGAUGGAAAAUGAGAAAUCUCUGAAUUCAGAAAAAAAACUUCAGUAUCUUAAUUGCCCUCUGGACUGCUAUUCACAUAUGGUGUGUUGACCAUAUAUGGGCUGAUUUUCAUAUCUUAAAUGCCUCAAUAUUAAGCAUGUGUACUUCAAACUGUGGUUAGUUCGUUUCAGCAGGCUGCUUCUAGGGAAAGAUAAUUCGUUUCACACCAGCAGUUAUUAAAUUCAAAGGCACAUUGUGUUUUCCCCCCAGCAUCGUAUCAGUUAACAGUUUUGCAACUGCUAGCCAAGUUAAAAUUAAAUUUUUGUCUGCCUUUCAUAUAGGAGUGGGUGUUUUUUUUUUUAAAUUUUGUUUGCCUUUAGU